AUGAUCAAAAUUUGUGGUUAUUGUAUGUCUAAUUUGCAGAAAUUGAAAAAGUAUGCUCCUCCUAAAAAAUUAGAUGAAAAAACCUUAAGACCUUAUUAGCAUCCAACAAAUCCAUUAAGUAAAAAAAUUGAUGUUCUAACUCCAACAAAACCAGAACGAUUUUUAUUAGAGGAUUAUGAAACACCAGCUACACUUUAUACAACAGAUGAAAAAGUAAUAAAAACAACUGAAUUGGGUACAAAGGUGUCAAAUAAAAUAUUAUUAAAACCAUUAGCAGAAAAACCAUCUGUAGCUAUAUAAGAAUAGAAAUUUUUAGCUGUUUCUAUUAUAGGACCUCCUAAUUCAGGGAAAUCAACAUUUUUAAAUUAAAUGGUAGGUGAACCAAUAAGUGCAGUAUCAAAUAAAAGUAAUACAACAGUUACUGAAAUUCGAGGAGUUCAGACUGAUAUUAAAAAUGGUGUUUAGAUUGAGUUUGUUGAUACUCCAGGAGUUACUAAACGUUAUAAAUUUUCUAAGCAUUUUGUAACAAAGGCUUGGGAUGCAAUUUAAGACACUAAUUUAGUAAUCAUUUUAAUUGAUGCUAUGAAAACUUUAGAUAUAAGUAUGAAUAAUGUAAUGUAGAGAUUAAAUAAAAUAUAAGUAGAUUAAGAGUAAUUGAGAAGUUAUUUUAGAAAUGAAGACAAUUUCAAAUUAUCAGAAGAAAAACCUAUUCCAAAAAUACUUGUUUUCAAUAAAAUGGAUUUAUGUUUUAAUAAAAAGAAAUUAAAAUGGUUAUAAGCUGAAAUGGAAGAUUUAGGAAAAUAUGACUAAACAUUUUAUAUAUCUUCUUUAACAGGUUAUGGAAUUGAGGAAUUAAAAUAAUAUUUAUAUUCCCAAAGUUUUUAAUGCAAAUGGAAACAUAAUGAAAAUUAAAAACAUUUAUUUACACCUAUGGAUUAAUUGGAAUAAAUUAUUAGAUAGGCAAUUUUUAAAAGAUUUUAUAAAGAAAUACCAUUCAUAAUUGGUAUUUAUGUAAAAGAAUUUAGAGUGACAAGUAAAGAAUCUGCAAAAAUAGAAAUAUAAAUAAAUGUUUAAACAUCAUCAUAAGCAAGAAUUGUUAUAGGAGAAGAAGGUAGAGCAUUAAAAUAAGUUUAAAAUGAAAUAGAAAUAAGUAUGGCAGAAGUAUAUAAGCGAUUAUUUUAAGUGAAAUUAUAAGUAACAAUUAAAGAGGGCGAAAAAUAAAUAGAAUUUGAUACAGAAAAGGAGGAUCGAAUUGAACAUGCUUAAUUUGAUGAAUCUUUUUUUAAAAAGGAAGAAAGAAAUAGAAAACAACUUUUAAAUGCUAAAUUUUCAAAAUUUUUAUAAGAAUGA